CAACGGCCAGCCGAGUCGUGCACACGUCCGCUCGUUAGUCCCCAAGCUGCCAAAAUCGCCAAAUCGCCCCCAGCAUUUUUCCUCUCCCCUUCCUCUCCUGCUCCCUGCGAACCAAAACCAUGGCCGCCGCCUCGUGCACCUGACGCACAAAUCCAUCCAUGAGAAUCCCCGCGCCAAAAUCCGAUCUUGCCGCCCGAGGAUGUCCCAGCCCGACGUGGUCUACAGCUGUGGAUCUUGUGGAUAUCCUCUAAACCUUUCAUCUUCUAACAGAAGCACAUCUGACGUAGGACCCUCAUACCGAAAGUCUCUGAAGAAAGAUCAAGGGAUUGGUGCAAUCUUUAGGAAUUGCCAAAACAUUCGUGCACUUAUGAUAUCAUAUUGCAGAACUGUAUCUGGUGUUGGAUUCAGAGGUUGUCCAAGUACACUUUCUCAUCUAGAAGCCGAGUCUUGCAGGCUUUCUCCAGAUGGAAUUCUGGAUACAAUUAGUGGUGGCGGACUAGAGUACCUAGAUUUGUACAAUUUAAGAAACUCAGCAGGGCUGGAUGCCCUGGGUAAUGUUUGUUAUGCAAAAAAGCUUCGGUUUCUAAAUCUCAGGAUGUGCCGCAAUCUUACUGAUGAUUCUGUGGUGGCAAUAGCUAGUGGGUGUCCACUGAUUGAGGAGUGGAACCUUGCUGUCUGCCAUGGUGUCCGCUUACCGGGUUGGUCUGCAAUUGGAUUGCACUGUGACAAGCUACGAAUUCUUCAUGUGAACCGUUGCCGAAAUAUAUGUGACCAAGGAUUGCAGGCUCUGAAGGACGGAUGCGUGCGCCUUGAAGUCCUGCAUAUACAUGGCUGUGGCAAGAUUACUAAUAAUGGCCUAGCACUAUUUAGCAUUGCUAGGCCCAGUGUGAAGCAAAGGGUGGAUGAAGCUAUGUCAAUUGGCCCCUCCAUUGAGGAUUUAUUCCGGCUGGAGUGAUUGGAAACUUGGAAAGUGUAGCUAGAUUUUUGAAGUUUAGGCUUGACAAGGUGCCAGCCCUUGUUACCAAUGUUUUGUUAUUACAACGAGCGAGUAGUUCUGAAACCAUUAUUCUGUGUGUUCUAUUUGUUCCAGUGCAAACUUACUUGGGUGUUGUAAGCUGCCAUAGUAAAGGAUGUUGCACAACAGAACCAUACCUAUACAAGUGGGAACUAUAAGAAGUCAGCUUCGUGCUGUCAUUAUUUGCAUGUGGUGACUCUGGUUUAUUGGCGUAACAUAUAUUAUGGUUGUGAA